AUGAUUGAUAAAUUUUCCAGAUGGCCAGAAGCAGCCCCAAUAUUCGACAUUACAGCCGACACAAUAGCCACAACGUUCUACAACACAUGGAUCAGUCGUUAUGGCGCCCCUCGAGUCAUCACAUCUGAUCAAAGAAGCCAAUUUGAAGGAGAGCUGUUCCAAACACUAUUGAGACUUUUUGGUGUUAAGAGACAACGAACAACUCCUCACCAUCUAAAGAGCAAUGGUCUCGUGGAGCGUUGGCACCAAACUCUGAAAGCAGCCCUAAUGUGCCACGACAGUCAACGGUGGACUGAAGUUUUUUCAACUGUCUUAUUCGGACUUCGCACCGCUUUCAAACAAGACCUAAACUCCUCCGCAGCAGAAUUACUGUUCGGCGCCCCUUUGAAAGUGCCCGCGCAGAUAAAUUUAGAUCCGAUAUUCGAAAGAUGCGAUCGCAGCCUGCUAGUCGUUAUGAUCGGGCAAGAAUUUGUGUCUAUAAAAAUUUACAAACCAGCACCCAUGUAUUUCUUCGAGUGUAGAGUGUUGGAACCACCCUACACUGGUCCACAUCCGGUCGUCACGCAAAUUAACGACCAACUUUACGAAAUCCAGGUCAAUGGAAGGAAUCUGAUCAUAUCCACAGACAGGUUAAAGCCUGCCUAUCAACUAGUCGAAGACGACGCCGAACCGCGACCGGUUCGAACAUAUCCUGGGGUACGCAAAAAGGUUCGUUUCGCCACGAACUAA